AUGAAUAAUAAAAAAAUUCUUUGUGUAUGUGAUUUUGAUCAUACAAUAGUUGACCAAAAUACCGACAUUGUUGUUACUAAAUUUAUACCAGAAGGUGAAAAACAAUCGAUUGUAUUUGACAAAAAACCUCAAUGUUGGACAUAUCAUAUGGAACAACUAUUUCAAUAUUUUCAAACAAUUGGUAUUAAAAAGUCAGAUUAUAUUCGAUGUAUGCAACAGAUGCAAUUAACAGAACAUUUUAAAGAACUUCUCUUGUAUUUGUCAAAAAUUUCUACAUUAAUUAUUGUUAGUGAUUCAAAUCAGUUGUUUAUUGAUACAAUAUUGAAACAUAAUGGGCUAGAUCAUGUGUUUCAAGACAUUUUUACAAAUCCUGCUUCAUAUGAUGAGAAUAAAGAAUGUUUAUUAAUACAGCCCUAUGGAAGAUUGGAUGAAAAAUCAUGUAAUACAUGUCCGAUUAAUAUGUGUAAAGGCGAAAUAAUUGACAAUUAUCGUAAAACAUUUUUUUCAUCAACAAAUAAUCAACUUGAGCAGAAUAUUGUGAUUUUUAUUGGUGAUGGUCAUAAUGAUGUGUGCGCAGCAAAAUCAUUAAAAAAAAAUGAUCUUGUUUGUGCUAGGCAAGGAUAUAAAAUGGCCGUAGAAUUGAAACAGUACAUGUUAAACAAUAGUGGUUUUAUAAAUGCUAGUUAUAUGGAAUGGAACAAUGGGAAAGAUAUUCAAAAUUAUCUUGAAAAAUUUUUAAAUAAAUGUCUAGAAGAAAAUGACCAUGACUCUUAA